AUGCCAAGACACAUUUGCAUUAAGUCAAAGGAUCGACUUGAUGGUUGGAAUUAUAAUUGGAUUCCAAUUGCAACCGAUGAUUCUCCCUAUGCAAGAAUGGUCAAAGAGAUCGAGGAGAAAGAGAAAUUUGUGCAGCAAUAUUAUUUGGCAAAUCAGGAACAAUUUGCUGAUGUGAGGACACUUCAAGGACAAAUGCGAAUGGAAGAUUCCACUGGUGUACAUGGCGGCUCGUUCGUUUUGCACUCUAACACUCAUGCGCGUGAACACAUCAUCAGACAUCUCGUCCGAGCUUUUUUAGUUCUUGCUAGAGCAAUCAACGAGGGUCACUUCAAUGUCAACACCUUAUUGACAGUAUCGCUGAAGGUUGAUAGCAAUUGGAAAGUUUAUUGCAAUCGAGUCAAGUUGGAUAUGAGCGAUUCAAUCUACUUGGUUGAUGUUCUGAAAAACAUUCAACGCAGCUUCAAGCGUAGUCACUGCAUGCACUACAGUUUGAAGUUCAAGUCUCAUGUGGCAAGCUACUUGUCUCAGUUGCGAGAGUUUCAAAAGACCAAGCCAUUCGAUUCGCCUCUUCGCACCACAACGGAACAAAUCGACGAUGUUCUUCGCAAAUUGAAACCAAUCUUUCAUCAUUAUUCGGUCAAGACAACAGCUGACUUCCUCAAAGCGACUUCUGUCGACAAUUUGAAAGCGGUUGACUAUAUCACUCUCACGUGCAAUCCGAAGAAUCAAGAGCCUAGAUACAUCUCUUGUGAAUCAAAGGAACCGCUUGGGGGAUGGAACAAUGGCUGGAAGCCGACAACGACAAAACGCAAGCCUUCUUACGCUAAAUUAUUGAAAGAACGAAGUGAUCAAGCAAAACUAGUCCAAGACCGAUACACAGAAAAGAAGAAACAGAAACGCUAUACGGUAGAAGCAAUGUACGAACAAGACGGCCAAAUGCGACUUGAGGAUUCUACAGGGGUUCGUGGCGGUGUAUUUGUCUUCUAUUCACAACGUUUCCAACCAGGACACCUUGCGCAAGGGUUUUGGGUGCUUGCUAAAGCCCUGAAUAGCGGGCGCUUUAACAUCAAUGAAACAGUCACCAUUACAUUGGAGAAUUGUCGAAGCAAAGGAAAAAGAGAUGAAAGGCGCCUGGAGUUGCGAGUUGAUUCACCCGGUUCUUUGAGUGUGGUUCUUAAAAAUGUUCAACGAAUUUUCGAGCAGAAUAACUGCAAGGAGUACAAACUGCACUUUAAAACCAAUGUUGCCUGCUACCUCUGCGCUUUGCCCGAAUUUGAAAAACAAUACGCCAAGUUUGAUGAUCCACUUCAAGGAAACACCGAGAUUCUUGAUGAACUGAUACAAGACUUACAGAAGGCUGGAUGU